GACGAGGAGGAGGGUGUAGAACUGGCUAAAGGUAAAGAUGGAUGACAGAUUCUGCAAUUAGCACACAAAUUCACUGUGCUGCACAAACGCAGAGCCAACCAGAUGCUGAGUAUUGACAACUGUGCUACACUGUCGUGCUAGAACUGCACUCAGCACUGGUCAUACCCACCACGAGCACUGUGCGCAGUUCUGGUCACCUCACACCCUGUGUCCAGCUCUGGUGACUGAGAGGCAAGGGGAACUUUUUUAAGGGUUGGACCCAUGAAAGAAGAACAACCAAAGAAAGAAGACUGAAGAAACUGGUUCUUGAAAAGGAUGUGACUGAGAGGGGAUCUUUUACUAGCAGGUGUCUGGUGUGGCAGGGAGACUGGAGGAGCGACCUGUCAGCAGCUGCCAUGGAGGAGGCAGAGAGAGGGGGCCAGGGGACCCUGUGUCUGAUCCUGAAUGGACAGUUGAAGAGGGUGGAUUUCUCGAGCAGUACACCGGUUGUCACGGCCAAGUCUUGCCUUGCCCUGGAUGAUGCCCUAGCUGAUCUCCUGGAUGACAUCGCUCCACUUUUCCCCUGUUUCCUUGCAGCUCCUCACUGGAACUGUGCCCAGGUGCAGCAGGAGAGGAGCCAGAGGAUUUACACAGAGACUCCUCGUCCUCCGGUGCCAUCCUUCACUCCAUCAAAGAUUAUGGACUCUUCCGACACAUGUGCUGAUCACCUGGACGAAGACGACCUGACAGGGUGUGCUUUGGAUGUGAAGAGGCUAAGAGCCUGUCCGAGUCCUCGCUGGGACCACACACUGUGUCUGAGCGAUCCGGAUACAGCGAUUCUGAUUGGAGGAAAGGGGAGACAGAAGAGCUACUGUAAAGAUGGCCUGUGGAGGCUUGAGAUUGACAAUGGUGACAAUUUCUGGUUUCCCUUGGAAACGACCUCGACAAUGACCAUCCCAAUCCCUCGGAGUGUCUGUGGUCACUCAGCCACGUACGACCCCGACACCAAACACGUUUACAUCUUUGGGGGAAUGAAAGAUGAAGAAUGUUUCAGUAAUGUCUACAUCCUGGACACCUCGACCUGGAAGUGGUCGUUUGUGAUCGGGAAAGGCAAAGUGCCGUCACUGGCCUAUCACAGCGCGGUGGUCUUCCAGCAGGAGCUGUUUGUAUUUGGUGGGCUUGUUUGCCGGCCUCACCUGCCUGCGGAAACCUGCAGCAAUGCCCUCUACAUCUUCAACCCUGAGCACGAGAUCUGGUACCAGCCCAUUGUCGUGGGUGAAAGGCCCCUCCCUCGGUAUGGUCACUCUGGCACUCUGCUAGGAGAUAAACUCAUCCUGUUUGGUGGGAGUCGGAACCGAGUUUUUCUGAAUGACCUUCACGUGUUGGAUCUUGGUUUCAUGGAGUAUGUUAAUGUACAGAUCAGAGGCUCUCCUGCACCACGAUGUCGUCACGCUGCUGUCCCUCUGUGCGGUAACAAGAUUCUGAUCAGUGGUGGGCAUAAUCUGAGUGGUGCCCUGCAGGAUUUGUACAUCUUCAAUAUAGAUACCUACAGUUGGAGCAGUCUGUCUCACCAUUCUCUCUGCGCGGUGCCACGAGCGGGUCACAGCCUGGUGCACCUGAGUUCGAGUUGCUGUCGCACGGGGUCCUGCCACACGCUGUUGGUGUUCGGGGGCUCAGACGAUGCUGGGAAAUUCUACAGCGACACAUUUCGAGUCACAGUGGAACUGGGUGAAGCUUGAAUAUUGAACCAACAUCUGCUGAAAGGACAUUCCAUGAAAGAGAGAUUUGUCUCUGAGCAUUUGUGAGCAGGCUAUGUGGUCUGUACCUUUGCAACUAUUAAAUGAUUGGACAACAUGGCAGUUAACAUUAAAAUUUACA